CACGACCCAGCACGCUGUACCCUUCGACGCUGUGCCAUGGCUGAAGCGUCGACAGCGGCAUUUUUGGUACCUGUGGUGGUCCAAGAUGCACCGCAGUAUGGUGAAGGUCAUCGUGGCGUUUUUGCCGCGGCGCGGAUUCCACGCGGCACACAGAUCUGGACGAUGACCGACAUGGUGGAGAUGGUGCACCAUAGCGAAGUGCGCCAGCGCUUGCAGGCCAUGACGAGGGAAGAUGCCGCGGUCUUCGUGCGCCAAAGUUGCGUGAUGCCCGAGAAUUUGGAGCGGCUCUUUGUAAAUCCACGAGACGCAGGGCGCUUCAUCAACCAUUCCUCCUCGCCCAACCUGGGUUUUGAGGGGGCGCUCAGAGACAUUUCGGAGGGAGAAGAGAUUGUGAUGGAUUACAACCAGCAUGGAGACCCAGAGUGGUAUCGCGAACUUUGUGCUGAAUACAGAGUUCUGACAGAACGUCAAGUGGCCGCGCUCGCGCCCACGGAACCAUUGAGAACCCAGCCGCAAAAGUGUGUCUGGGUUGGGGUUUGA